UAGCCGUAAAGACGGCAUGCUAAUACUUGCUCUUUCACCAGGCGGUGGUUGAUGGCGCAAAGCCGAGACUUACACAUCCACAACUCGGUUCCGUGCCCAGGUGUCGGCCUCACAUCGCAUUAAGAGCUCCGACGAACGCUUGAGCUUGAGAUGCCACCCGAGCCCAGGCAUCGCUCGCAGCGCCACCGCAGCGCGUCGCGGCCGCGCCAACGUGAACGCUCGCCGUCGCUCGAGCCUUCGACACGCCGCCGUCCUCAUCAGGAUGCCCGCCCGUCCUACUCGCCCACACGGGAUCGCUCCGAGCGCUCCCGUGACCGCCUCAGACAAGACACGCACCAGCGCGCCAAGUCGCGGCCGCCCGGGUCGGGACGCGGCAGUCGCGAUAGCCGAGGCAAAGCCAGCAUCAAACGACCACGUGUGCGUUUCAGCAUGAUCGACGCUGAGGGUGCAGCAGAGACACUGACUGCCAAGGCCACGCAAAGCGGAUUUCUACGCAAGCAAGCGGACAAUGAACCGGGCGCAUGGAAUGAAUAUUACUUUGUGAUCAAACCCCUGACAUAUCUUUUCUACUACAACACAAAAGACGAUGAAACACCGCGAGGAAUCAUCGACCUCGAGUACUUGACAGACAUCAAGCGCAACGCAGACUGCCUGCAACGCGCAGUAGGAGGAGGAGACAACUGUUUCCGAGUCUCAGGCAAGCUGCCGCGACCAUCAGCGGAGCAGACGGCCACAGGUGACAUCCCAAAGAUGCGUCCGCUGUACUUGGACACGGAGGACGCCGACGCCGCGGAAAAGUGGAUGAACGCAAUUCGGAACCACCGCUUCAGCGCCAAGAAAGAUGAACAAUUCUUCGAAAUGGUGCACCAACUGCGAGAUGCAGAACUCCGUGUUGCACAGCUAGAGGAGGAUCAGCAAAGAGAGGCUGAGACCAAGAGGAAUCUUAGUGUCAAGGCAAAAACUCUGUUGCAAAAGAUGCGAGCAGUUGACAGUGGCAACACCGACGAACUACCAGAAGUGAACGCCGACGAUUUGGAUGAUACUGCAGACGAUAUGUUGGCUAUGUUGGAAGGAAUGGAGGACGUACUGGUUAAUCUACAGGCGAAACUGGACCAGCAAAAACAGGAAAAGAAAGCAGACACCACAGGAACGACGAGCACCCGUCGAGGCUUUGCGCAAGUGAUUCAACGUGCCGUGUCCAGACGUGAGAACACCAGCUUUUUGGAGCUAUCCGAGGACGAGGAAGAGGAGACGCUCGCUGCUAUCAGAAGCAGGAGACAACGUAAACCUCAGCCACCAGUAAUUCAGGAACAACCGAAGGAGAAACCAGUGGAAAAACCUAAGGGAAAGCCAGUGGAGAGACCCCCAAAGGAAAAACCAGUGGAGAAAUCAAAGCAGAAGUCAAAAGAAAAGGUUCAAGAGGAGGCACCAGCUCUGGACAAUGUGUCGGAUGUGUUGGCAAUGUGGAAGGCAAAGAAAAAGAAGAAAGACCCGUCUUCGAGAAAGCAGUCUGCACCUGAGAAUGAUGACGAUGAGGAUUCGAGAAGAAACAGGAACAGAGCGUUGCCGCGGACGACGACACCGGAUACCGCCAAGUAUAAAAAGAGUCGAGGUAGCGACCGAUCGUCGGAGGAAGACACGGUCUCACUUGAUUCGUCGGACGAUCGGGACUCGGGGGAGAAGCUCCCGCCUGGCUGGACUAAACACGAGAGUCGUGGAUACCCUGGCACUUACUACUACGCUCACGAGUCUGGUAAGGUCAGCUGGGACGUACCGACCGACGACAUGAUUGAUAGCGGACGUGGUAACACCGACAGUGACAACAAUGAGCGCCACAGCGAUCAUGACGACCACAGCGAAAUUGAUGACUACGAUGUGUACGAUGAAUACGACAAUGAUAACAACGAUCUCCAUGACCACGACCAUCAUGAAGAAGUGGACAUUUAUCCCGAUACAAACAGGAGCGGCACUGAAUAUAUGAGCGAAUACGAGACCGAUGGAGAAGAAACUGCGGGUGGCACCACGUCGGCCGCGUAUCGGAAGAACAAACCCAAGCCAAAGCCCAAGUCGGCGUGGGCUUUCAAGCUCCCCAAGCUGCUACCAACAAACACGACGCAGGCGGCGCCAACGGAAGCUGCCGCCUCGCUCUCUCCCAUCCGUCGAGCUGCCAACAAUCACGAGUUUUGAUCUUCUUGUUGUUGUCUCCGUCUCUCCACAAUUGCCGUUCCAAGGCCCUAAACUAACGAAGUAAUAAAAGCCUGUCGAGUUUAAUACCACCUAAAAGCAAGGAAGUAAGACACACGCAAUGGAAACAAAAGCUGCAUAACGCCUCA